UCCCGAAGAGGAUGGGGAAGCAGAACAGCAAGCUGCGCCCCGAGGUGCUGCAGGACCUGCGCGAGAACACCGAGUUCACGGACCACGAGCUGCAGGAGUGGUACAAGGGCUUCCUAAAAGAUUGCCCCACGGGCCAUUUGACUGUGGAAGAGUUCAAAAAAAUAUACGCCAAUUUUUUCCCUUACGGCGACGCCUCGAAGUUUGCGGAGCACGUCUUCCGCACCUUCGACACCAACGGCGACGGGACCAUUGACUUCAGGGAAUUCAUCAUCGCCCUGAGCGUCACCUCUCGGGGCAAGCUGGAGCAGAAGCUGAAGUGGGCGUUUAGUAUGUACGACCUGGAUGGCAACGGCUACAUCAGUCGCGGGGAAAUGCUAGAAAUAGUGCAGGCAAUCUACAAAAUGGUUUCGUCAGUAAUGAAAAUGCCAGAGGAUGAAUCCACUCCCGAGAAGCGAACAGACAAGAUCUUCAGACAGAUGGACACAAACAACGACGGUAAACUGUCGCUGGAAGAGUUCAUCAAAGGUGCCAAGAGCGACCCGUCCAUCGUGCGGUUGUUACAGUGCGACCCCAGCAGCGCGAGCCAGUUCUGAUUAAAAGUGGACAGUGUGCACAGAGAACCUCGGCUCGUGUCCUUCAAGCUUUGCUCGCAAACGGAUGCCUUCUCAACCGUCCCUCCACAACUCCCCGGGUCAGAUCCCCUCGCCAGAUUGUGUGUAUGUGUGCGUGUGGUGUGUGCGUGUGUGUGUGUGUACGUGUGCGCGUCCCAGCGAACCAGCCCCAGCUCCCCCCACUAACCCCGGGGCAGCUCUCCUUCGGCAGCUCCGGUCCCGCUUCCCCGUAACGUUACCGUUCACUCUCCACCUUUGAGACGUAAAUCGGAAGGUAUGUUUACAUGCAGCUACAAAAGAGGUGGGAGUCGCUGGCGAGAUGGUGCCGCUUCACUUAGGCCGUAAGAAAAGGUGAUGUCCUGGUAGCUCCCGAGAAGAUGCUAGGUAGGACUUCUUUUACCCAACACAGCAGAUCGUAGAUAAUUUAUUUUGCUUCGGAAAUUACUAUGUUAAAAAAAAAAAAAAAAAAAAGUGGACUGAAGGGGGUAGAAAGU